GGUGCAAAAUGGCAAAAUUCACAUAAAGCAGUGACAGGAAUUAGCAAAUUUUCUGGAUCAUUUCGGUCAGUGGUCGCCAAAUUAUACGAGAUCGUGUUGCUCUGCAAUAUUGCACGGAAUGAAGGUGAGAUAUCCAGUUACCCAACAAAUAGUAAAACUUAUCGACUAGUUAAGGAUGUUUCGAAUGCGACUGACCGGCUG